GGGCGAGCGGAGCUGAGCCGAGCCGAGCCGAGCCGAGCAGCUCUGAGCCGAGCCGGGCGGCAGGACUACAGCUCCCGUGCUGCACCGGCGGCGGGCGGCCCUCCCGGGCUGAGGCGGGCAGGGACAAAAGCGGCCCCGCUGCCCCCCGCCCCGGAAGGGGACCCCGGCCGCGACGGCCUCUCCCCUCCGCUCCCCUGCGCUCCCCUCUGCCGGCCGCUCCCGGCCCUGCCGGCCCCCCCCGGUGCCCGGCGCCCCCCCGGUGCUCGCCCCUGCCCGGCCUUUCCCUGUCUCGCCACGGGGCCCCCGUGCCCAGGCGGACACGCUGCUCCGCGUCCCACCCGCCCGGCCCCCCUGGCUCCGGCCCUGCCGACACCGACACCAGCGCUGGGCAGGGCCCGGGACGGGACGGGUGGUCAGACCCCCCGGGACAGCCCGGCACAUCUUCCUCCUGCUCUCCUUGGGCACCGCAGGCCCGUUUGGGGAGUCGCGAGCUUCCCCAGAGCCCCUUUUCCCGGCGAGUUCUCGCCUUUUGCCGGCCGGCUGCGUGGGCCACGCUCUUGGGGUCGGUGCUUUUAGCAGGAGUUUUGAAGGCUCUGGCUGGAAGGGAAGGCGGCUGUUGGCAGGUAAGUGCGCUUCUGCCCCCGAUUCCUUCUGAAUCCAGGUGUUGUGCUUGGCAGGGCCCCUCUGUCCUUGCUGCGCCGGCGCGGCUGCUCACGGGACAGGCCUCUCCUGCGGAACCCGGAGCAUCCCACCGCCGUCUUCCCGCACAAGUAGCUGUAUACCUGCCUCCGUCUGCCCGCCGAGAGCCAGCGGCACGCCGGACUCCAGGCCGCUGCGGCAAGAUGUCGGUGACCUUUGAGGACGUGGCCAUCUACUUCUCCCCCGAGGAGUGGGCAGAGCUGGCGGACUGGCAGCAGCGGCUCUACCGGGAGGUGAUGCUGGAGAACUACCAGGCGGUCGCCUCGCUGGGCUGGCCUGCCGUCAAGCCAGAGAUCAUCUGCCAGAUGGAGCGAGCAGAGCUGCUGUGUGUGUCAGACCCCCCCAGGACACAGCGGAGCCACUGGACCCCUGUCUCAGCAGCCGGCAACCCUGGGAGGCAGAGGGAGGCUGGGGGGGUCCCCGAGGGGCUGCUGGCACCCACCGCCCUGCUCCCGGGGAUGCCCAAGCAGGGCAGGAGUCGUCAGGGGUACUCAGCCCACAACCAGCCAGGCAGGAGCCGGGGGGGUUCCUCCCUCCCAACCCCCCGGCCGCUGAAGAAGACCCCCCCCACAUGUUCGGAGUGCAACAAGAGCUUCAGGAGCCAGUCAGCGUUGGCCGUCCACAUGCGGAGCCACACGGGUGAGCGGCCCUUCGUCUGCACCGACUGCGGGAAGCGUUUCAGCUACAAGCAUCACCUGCUGAGACACCGGCAUGUGCACACCGGUGAGAAGCCCUUCACCUGCAGCGACUGCGGCCACCGCUUCAGUGAUAGGUGUUACCUGGUCAUCCACCAGCGCACCCACACUGGGGAGCGACCCUUCACCUGCUCCCAAUGCCCCAGUUCCUUCAGGGACAGCAGUAGCCUCACUGCCCACCAGCACAUCCACACUGGGGAUCGACCCUUUGCCUGCACCCACUGCCCCAAGGCCUUCAGGUACAAGAAGACCCUCAUCGCCCACCAGCUGAUCCACAAUGGGGAGCACCCCUUCGCCUGCGCCCACUGCCCUAAGGCGUUCAGGUACAAGAAGACCCUCAUGGCCCACCAGCUCCUCCACACCGGUGAACGCCCCUUUGCCUGCGACCAGUGCCCCAAGGCCUUCAGGGACAAGAAGACCCUCAUCAUCCACCAGCGCAUCCACACCGGGGAGCGACCCUUUGCCUGUGCCCACUGCCCCAAGGCCUUCAGGGACAGCAGUACCCUCGCUGUUCACCAGCGGGUCCACACCAGUGAGCGCCCCUUUGCCUGUCCACAGUGCCCCAAGGCCUUCAGGGACAAGACCACUCUCACAGCCCACCAGCGGGUCCACACCAGGGAGCGCCCCUUCGCCUGCGCCCACUGCCCCAAGGCCUUCAUGUACAAGAAAACCCUCACUGCCCACCAGCGGGUCCACACCAGGGAGCGCCCCUUCGCCUGCACCCACUGCUCCAAGGCUUUUAGGGAGAAGAAGACCCUCACUGUUCACCAGCGCAUCCACACUGGGGAGCGCCCCUUUGUCUGCGCUCACUGUCCCAAAGCUUUCCGGGACAAGAAGACUCUCAUCGUCCAUGAGCGCAUCCAUUCCGGGGAACGUCCCUUUGCCUGCGCCCACUGCCCCAAGGCCUUCAUGGACAGUGGUAGCCUCACUGUACACCAGCGGGUCCACACUGGUGAGAAGCCCUACAAGUGCAACGAGUGUGGCAAGACCCUCAGCCAGAAGCGUAACCUGGAGAGGCACCAGCAGAUUCACACGGGUGAGCGGCCCUUUGUCUGCACCGACUGUGGGAAGCGCUUUGGCCACAAGCAUCACCUGCUGAGACACCAGCACGUUCACACCAGUGAGAAGCCGUUUGCCUGCAGCCACUGUUGCCAUCACUUCAGCCAGGAGCGCCAUCUGGUCAUCCACCAGCGCAUCCACACUGGGGAGCGCCCCUUCGCCUGCACCCACUGUCCCAAGGCCUUCAUGUACAAGAAGAACCUCACGGCCCACAAGCGAAUCCACGCUGGGGAACGCCCCUUCACCUGCAACCAGUGCCCCAAGGCCUUUAAGGACAGCAAUAGCCUCACAGCCCACCAGUGGGUCCACACAAGUGACUACCCUUUUGCCUGCACCCAGUGCCCCAAGGCCUUCAUGUACAAGAAGACUCUCACUGCCCACCAGCGCAUCCACUCUGGGGAGCGCCCCUUUGCCUGUGCCCACUGCCCCAAGACCUUCAGGUACAAGAAGACACUCAGGGCCCACCAGCGCAUCCACUCUGGGGAGCGACCCUUCGCCUGUGCCUACUGCUCAAAGGCCUUCAGGGACAGCAGUACCCUCACUGUCCACCAGCGCAUCCACACGGGGGAGCGACCCUUUGCAUGCCAGCAGUGCCCCAAAGCCUUUAGGGACAAGAAGACCCUCACUGUCCACCAGCGCAUUCACUCUGGGGAGCGCCCCUUCGCCUGCACCCACUGCCCCAAGGCCUUCAGGGACAGCAGUACCCUCACUGCCCACCAGCGCGUCCACACCGGUGAGAAGCCCUACAAGUGCAGCGAGUGCGGCAAGACCUGCAGCCAGAAGCAUAACCUGAAGCGGCACCAGCGGGUGCACCGGAUCCCAUCGACAGUGCCACAGAGUGUCCAGUGGGAGGGUGAGGGUCCGUCCCCAAUGGAAAGGAGGGCAGAGGAUGAGCACUUCCAGUGUGGCCACUGCGAGACGCAGGCUCAGGACGAGGGGAUCACGCUGGCUCAGCAGCAAACCCACAGCAAUCCCAGCCUGUGGCCACCUCCGCAGCCUGGUGCCCCAUGAAACUGCUGCUGAGGGGCUGUGGGGUGCCGGGGACUGUGGGGAGAUGUCCUGGUUUCAGCUGGGAUAGAGUUAAUUUUCCUCGUGGUAGCGGGUGUAGAGCUGUGUUUUGGAUUUGGGAUGAUAACAGACUGCUGGUUUGGUUGUUGCUCAGCAGUGUUUACCAGGUCAAGGACUUUUCAGCUUCUCCCACUGCCCCUCCAGCGAGGAGGCUGAGGGUGCACCAGAGGACGGGAGGGGACACGGUCAGGACAGCUGACCCAGACUGGCCAAAGGGAUAUUCCAUACCAUAUGGCAUCGUGCUCAGUAUAUCAACUGGGGGGGAGCUGGCCGAGGGCGUGAUUUCUGCUCGGGGAUGGGCUGGGCAUUGGUCAGCAGGUGGUGAGCAAUUGCAUUGUGCAUCUCUCGUUUCCUGUAUUCUUUUAUCAUUAUAAUUUUCUCUUCCUUUGUUUUCCUAUUAAACUGUCUUUAUUC